AUGAAGAGUCGUAACGAUGUCCUUCUCCGUAUGUCCGAUGACCCGAAUGGCGUAGUGGGUAGUGUACCUGCGUCCUGCGUCAGAGGCGCUGGCAGCUUGCCGGACUCCGUACGGCGGGCGGACGCAAAAAUCGGACCGGAGCGGCCGCGUGCUACGCUAUUAUUAGCCGUGUCCCCGCAACGCACCUUCAGGGACGCGAGAAACCAACUAGAAGUACCGAACCCCGUACCAGAAACGCAAGAGCGCGAACCCGAACCAACGGACCGCCGGGCC